AUGAAUAUCAUUGAACUACCAUCUGAAGUAUUAAUUCAAGUAUUGAUCCGAUUGGAUUUUGAAACUUUACAAAAUGCUUUAUCAAUUCCUUUAUUGCAUGCAAAAAUGGAUUGUGAAUUUACAACUAUUAUUGUGACACAUGAUAAGGAACUGAAUGAAAAAGAUAGAGAUUAUCCCGGAAAAGUUAUAAACUCUGCUGACAUUGACCCAAAUAAAUUUCAACUUCAGACUUUUGCUGUUUUAUUUAUGUUUGAAGUUAUACCUCACAAUUUUUAUCCGUCAAUAUUGAGCAAGGUGAAUGCUAGUUUCAGUUCAAUAAUUCUACAGAGUAUUUACGAGCCAUGUUUGGAUUGUAUAAUAGAUUAUGCUGAUUUGGUGGAGUUCAAAAAUACAUAUGACAAUAGUGCUCAUUAUCGUUCGAUUAAGUCAUUAAUUGAAUUUGCAAGAACCAAUCUUGGAAACCUUAUGAUGUUUGACUUUGGUAAAUUAGAGGUGAUGGCUUUCGAAAAAGUUGAAUUGGAUCCAAAUUGGAUGAGUUUGAGAAAUGUUAAAUCACUUCGUUUAUAUCAAUGUACAGGUAAAUCUAGUGUGAUUAAGUUCUCUUUACCAAAAUUGGGAAAAUUGUUAAUCGAUGGUGAUUGUUCAUCAGCCCUUAAGAAUGUGUUUGAGCUGAAAGAUAUAAAAAGCUUUUUAAGCGGCUGGCUAUAA